AUGAAGGAUCUUGGGACUUUUACAUUACCCUGCACCAUAGGAUGGAAGAUGGUCGGAAACGCACUAUGUGAUUUAGGGGCGAGCAUAAAUUUUAUGCCCUUGUCAAUUUUUAAGAAGCUGGACAUCGACGAAGCCAUGCCAACCAUGAUCACAUUACAGCUAGCCGAUAGAUCUAUAAAACUUCCGAAGGGCCAGAUAGAAGAUGUUCUCGUGCAAGUGGACAAGUUUAUCUUUCCCGCAGAUUUUGUUAUAUUGGAUUAUGAGGCAGAUAGAGAAAUUCCUAUCAUCCUGGGACGCCCAUUUCUCGCCACAGGGCGAGCAUUGAUCGAUGUGCAGAAAGAAGAAUUGACCAUCUGGGUCGAUGAUCAAGAAGUAAAGUUCAACGUACUCAAUACGUUGAACUACCCAGGAGAUAUAGAGAACUACCAAUAUAUCGAAGAACUACAGGAAGAAUAG